AGAGCGGAGCUCGGAGCCGGGCAGCCCGAGAGGAAGAUGAACAGCCCCAAGUCAGAGACACAGGCCGAGUGGACGCCGAGCCGCCCCCAGAGCGCUCGGAGAGGCCUCAGCGGCAGCCGCCAGCUCCGGUAGCCGCCCGUGCUGCCCGCGGCUGGGGAGGAGGGCGGCGGGAGCCGGGUACUGACGCUUCGUGCCACCUGCGCGCACCGCCGCACACCUGGACCCUGUCCUCCCGCGGACCAGACCUCCCGGCUCUGCGAAGCUGGGCUCGUUUUUGAAGGAAGGGGGACGGGAAAAACAAAACAAGAAAUUGAAGACCAGGCUUCAUCGACCCACCCCAUACCCCUCUUGCUCUCCAAACUUUUGAAAGCUGCCCACUCUGACCCAAGUUCCGGAAAAUUGGCAGCCACUGAGACCCGACUCUGAGAAGCCAAAGGUCUGGCAAGCUCCAGACUGAGCGGGACGAGGCUGAAGGCAGGUUGGAGGCGGGUCCCCGAUAUCUGAGGCCUGUCCCUGCGGGGCUCACGGAGCUGCCACCGCUGCGGCCGCUACAGGCUGCGCACCACCGACCACCAUCAUGUCCACUCCCGGGGUCAAUGCGUCCGCCUCCUUGAUCCCCGACCGGCUGAACAGCCCGGUGACCAUCCCAGCGGUGAUGUUCAUCUUCGGGGUGGUGGGCAACCUGGUGGCCAUCGUGGUGCUGUGCAAGUCGCGCAAGGAGCAGAAGGAGACGACCUUCUACACGCUGGUAUGCGGGCUGGCCGUCACCGACCUGUUGGGCACUUUGCUGGUGAGCCCGGUGACCAUCGCCACGUACUUGAAGGGCCAGUGGCCCGGGGGCCCGGCGCUGUGCGAAUACAGCACCUUCAUCCUGCUCUUUUUCAGCCUGUCCGGCCUCAGCAUAAUCUGUGCCAUGAGUAUCGAGCGCUACCUGGCCAUCAACCACGCCUACUUCUACAGCCACUACGUGGACAAGCGGUUGGCUGGCCUCACGCUCUUCGCCGUCUAUGCGUCCAACGUGCUCUUCUGCGCGCUUCCCAACAUGGGCCUCGGCAGCUCGCGGCUGCAGUACCCUGAGACCUGGUGCUUCAUCGACUGGACCACCAACGUGACUGCGAACGCUGCCUUCUCCUACAUGUACGCGGGCUUCAGCUCCUUCCUCAUUCUCGCCACCGUGCUCUGCAACGUGCUCGUGUGCGGCGCGCUGCUCCGCAUGCACCGCCAGUUCAUGCGCCGCACCUCGCUGGGCACCGAGCAGCACCACGCGGCCGCGGCCGCCGCCGUCUCAGCCGCCUGCCGGAGCAACCCCACCGCCUCCCCGGCCUUGCCGCGCCUCAGCGACUUUCGGCGCCGCCGGAGCUUCCGCCGCAUCGCGGGCGCGGAGAUCCAGAUGGUGAUCUUACUCAUCGCCACCUCCCUGGUGGUGCUCAUCUGCUCCAUCCCGCUCGUGGUGCGAGUGUUCGUCAACCAGUUAUAUCAGCCAAGCUUGGUGCGAGACAUCAGCAAAAAUCCAGAUUUGCAAGCCAUCCGAAUUGCUUCUGUAAACCCCAUUCUGGACCCCUGGAUAUAUAUCCUCCUGCGGAAGACAGUGCUCAGCAGAGCAAUAGAGAAGAUCAAAUGCCUCUUCUGUCGCAUUGGCGGGUCCAGCAGAGACCGUUCAGGACAGCACUGCUCAGACAGUCGCAGGACAUCUUCUGCCAUGUCCGGCCACUCUCGUUCCUUCCUCUCCCGGGAGCUGAAGGAGAUCAGCAGCACAUCUCAGACCCUCCUUUACCUGCCAGAACUCAGUGAAAAUGGCCUUGGAGGCAGGAAUUUGCUUCCAGGUGUGCCUGGCAUGGGCCUGGCCCAAGCAGACACCACCUCGCUGAGGACUUUGCGAAUAUCAGAGACCUCGGACUCCUCACAGGGUCAGGACUCUGAGAGCGUCUUACUGGUGGAUGAGGUUGGUGGGAGUAGUAGGGCUGGGCCUGUCCCUAAGGGGAGCUCCCUGCAAGUCACAUUUCCCAGUGAAACACUGAACUUAUCAGAAAAAUGUAUAUAGUAGCUAAAAAAAAGAGAUGCAGCACCAUUUCUGGAACCUUAUGAAAUCCUGUGCAAUAGACACAGAAAUGAAGCAUCUACCUGUGCUCAGAAGGGCUAUCUUUGCCCUAUGACUCACAUUAGAAAACAUCUUGGCUUUUGAGCCCUUGUCAAACAAUCAAGUUCAUUCACAUGGGUCCUGAAGCACAUUGGUUGCCACCCCUCCGUGACAUGGGAUUGUAGUCACAACUUGAUGGCUGGGAAGACUUACCCUCAGUUUUUGUACUGGAUAGGAAAAUGAUAGAAGUUUAGCUAUUUUCAUAACAUCAAGAGCUUUAUAUCUGGCACACAGCAGAAGCCCAUAUACUAAAAGAGCUCUAUUCCAAUAAACUAUGAGGACUACCUUAUGGAUGAUUUAAGUGUCUCACUAAAGCAUGAAAUGUGAAUUUUUAUUGUUGUAAAUAUGAUUUAAGGUAUUUAAUGUAUUUUCUUCUCUAUGAGAAGGUUUAUUGUUAACAUAAGUACAAUAAAAUUAUGGUAACCCCUCUCCUCCCAGUAUAACCAGCUGAAGUUGCAGAUGUUAGGAUUUUUUCAUAAACAAGUUCAGUCCAAGGUGUUGAGAAUUUACAGUGACACUAAUGUCUAUAAAAUAGAUAUAAUUUUUUUAAAAGAAAGAGUUUAGUAUUAUCAAGUAAAUUAAAAAAAAAAACAAUUUAAGAUGUGAAAAAUAGUCCAAAACAUUAAAGUUCUUUCCAAGCUAUGUAUAUAAUACAUAGUGAAAAAUUUUUUAAUGAUAAGUACAUUUAUUUAUCCAGAAUACUGUGAUUUCAGGAGAACCUAACAUGCUGGUAAAUAUUUUGAACUUUUGUCCCCACUAAU